UGUCAGUUGUGUUCGUUCGUCCUUCUCGUCAAAAUCUGUUGCAGACUCGACUAAAGUGUUUAGCAGCUCAGCGUACUUUGAGAGCUUAACCAAUGUACGGACCUAUGGGAGAUAAAUCUUGUUCUCCCCAUAACAACAUAUCACCGCGUAAAGUUGACUGCCUUGCACUUUGGUAACUGUUGGAUGGUAAGGUAGACUGAGUUGGCUUCUUUGAGCAGGAAGGUUAGGCUACCCUGGAAGACUACACCUAAAUACGUGUGUUGUUUUAAGGAUUUGUAUGCGAAGUUUCUUCUUCCGAAUGUUAAUCUAUCAUUGAGUGUGAGGUAGCAUCGUUGGAAGUAUGCAGGACUGCUGCCAAUCUGUGAGGUUGGGACUUGUUGCGUGAAAAACACAUCCCCCGGGAAUAGUGUUUUCGGGUAAACCCUUUUUUAAAACCAAUUUGCAUUCAAGUCGGUGCGUGUCAGUGGUGUUUUGAUUUCACAAUAGGGCAGAUUUUCAAGUGUCUGUGGUGGGUGUUCCCCAAUCCUCUGAUUCUAGCCCUGACAGUAUACAAGUCAGGUCGACUUUGUGGAGACUGGAGAGCGAACAUGAGACUGGAUGUGAUGGACUUUAGGCGUGAUUAAAGAAAUUGAAGUAAUUACCUAGGCCUACCCAACUGCCGGACCGGAGCGGCUUUAAUGGUCUAACGGAACAGCCGUCGCCAGAUGUGCGCUGGAGUCCAGUUCCGUGGUUCAUAUUUUUGGAAAGGCGCAGCAGACCCCUCCAUAGCCUACCCGUGCACUUAUAUGUAAAUAAAUGGCACCCAUAAACAACCAAAGACCAAUGCAAAAUCACUCCGAGGCAAUACGUCGAAUUUAGUGAUUUCCUAUAGCCUGUAACCGCUGAGAAGAUGUCGGAGCAAGAACGCUAUGGGGACGGACUGUGCGACGAUGGAGCUCCGGAGAUCAUCCCGCCGAGAGCGUCCAGGACGGGAAGGCGGAGCGGAGUCAUCCUCCCCAUCCAGGACAACGAUACCAUCGUCCUGGAGGCAGUGAGGGCAGCCCCACGCAGGAGCAGCAUCAUCAAGGAUCCUUCAGUGCACAAGGUGGCCGGCGGGCGCAAGAAGACAGUGUCCUUCAGUAGCAUCCCCUCAGAGAAGAAGGUGAGCAGCGCUGCCGACUGCUUGGCCUUCAUGCAGGGGGGCUGUGAGCUGAAGAAGGUGCGUCCCAACUCCCGGGUCUACAGUCGUUUCUACACACUGGACCAGGACCUCAGCUGCCUGCGCUGGGAGCCCUCUAAGAAGGAUGGGGAGCGCGCCCGCCUGGACAUGGCCACUAUCAGGGAGGUUAGGACGGGGAAGAGCACUGAGACCUUCCUCCAUAACGGACCUGCUGCAGAACAUCUGGCUGAGGAGGCAGCCUUCUCUAUCAUCCACGGGGAUGACUACCAGGUGCGUCUGAGGUUCAAGGAGAUCCAGCGCAGCAAAGAGAAGCUGACGUCUCACGUGACACGCGAGGAGUUCCAGGAGGCCUUCUGUGAGCACUGCACGCGCCCAGACGUCUACUUCCUAUUGGUCCAACUCUCCAAGGACCGCGAGUGUCUGGACGCCCAGGACCUCCGUCUCUUCCUGGAGACAGAGCAGGGCCUGUCUCUGGCCACGCCCGAGGGCUGUCUGGAACUGGUCCGACGCUUUGAGCCCUCCGGCCCUGGGAAAGAGAGAGGUCUACUGGCUCUGGAUGGAUUCUCCCGCUACCUGCAGUCCCCAGAAUGCCAGCUGUUUGACGUGGAGCACCAGGCAGUGUGUCAGGACAUGAGCCUGCCCCUGUCCCACUACUACAUCAGUACCUCCUAUCGGUCCUAUCUCCUGGAUGACCAGGUCCAUGGAAGGGCUGAUCUAGGGGGCCUGACUAGGGCACUGCAGGCCGGGUGUCGGUGCCUAGAGCUGGGGGUGACAGAUGGCCCAGAGGGGGAGCCCCUCCUGGGGGUGGACUAUGGUCCUGAGGCCCACCACCACCACCACCACCAUCACCACCAUCACCACGCCCCUGUCACCAUCCGCAGUGCCCUGGAGGUGGUCAAUAAGUAUGCCUUCCUGACCUCGCCCUACCCGCUGCUGCUCUACCUGUGCCACCGCUGUUCUCCCUCCCAGCAGCGUACCUUGGCCCAGCACCUGAGGAAGGUGUUCUCUACACGUCUCUACACCCCUGAGGCCCUGCCGGUCAGCCUGGGGGGUCGAGCCACCACCCUACCCUCGCCAGAGCAGCUGAAGGGCAGAGUGCUGCUGGUGGGGAAGAAGCUACCGCCUGAAGAGGAGGGGUCUGAGGGAGAGGUGUCAGAGGAGGACGAGGAGAUAGGGGGAGGCGGGCCCUUGGCUGGUCGAAGAAUGACCAUACCCGGGGAGGAGGAACUGGGCGCGGUUUUAGUAGUGCCCCCGCCCCCUCAGCCCAGGAGACUCCGCCUCCGACGUGAGCUAUCAGAUCUAGUGGGCGUGGCUAGAAUCGGAAGCCGUAGCUUCUACAACCACCGAGAAACAAGGAAACAAGGACAGCAGCACUCCCCACCCAGCACCCCCUCCACCCCGGGCACGCCCUUUCCCCCCGAGUCGCCCUAUUGGACGCUGUGCUCCCUGGGGGAGGGAGAAGCGGGACGGCUGGCCAGUGAGAGCCCAGAGGAAUUAGUAAGCUUCACCAAGCGCACCCUGAGCCGUGUCCGGCCAAGCUCCGUCCGCCUGGACUCCUCCAACCCCAACCCCCAGGGCUACUGGAAGGGCGGGGUCCAGCUAGUGGCCCUCAACCAGCAGACCCCCGGGGCCAUGCUGGACCUCCACAGAGGCCGGUUCACCCAGAACGGGGGCUGUGGCUUCGUGCUGCGGCCAGGGGUCAUGAGAGAUGAGGUGUCCUACUUCAGUGCUGUGACCCAGGGCUGUGUGCCUGGCGUUCCCCCUCAGACCCUCAGGGUGAAGGUGAUCAGCGCUCACAGCCUGCCCAAGCCACAGGGCGCCGGCGCUAAAGGAGAGGUUAUAGAUCCCUACGUGGUUCUGGAGCUGCAUGGGGUACCGGCAGACUGCGCUGAGCAACGGACCAGGACUGCAGCACAGAACCAGGAUGACCCACUGUUUGAUGAGACUUUUGAGUUUCAGGUGAACAUGCCGGAGUUGGCGCUCCUCCGCUUCGUGGUAUUGGACGACGACUACAUCGGAGACGACUUUAUUGGCCAGUACAGCGUGGCCUUCGAGUGCCUUCAGCCGGGCUACCGCAACGUGCCGCUGCUGGGUCUGGUGGGAGACCCCUUGCCCCACGCCAGCCUAUUUGUCCAUGUGGCUGUGACCAAUCGGCGAGGAGGGGGCAAGGCCCAGAGGAGGGGUCUGUCUGUGCGGAGAGGGGUGCGGCGGGGGCGAGAGUACGUGACCCUACGGAACACGGGUAUUAAAGCUCUGGAUGAUACGUUCCGCCCCGCUAGUGCCCCUCUCAAGGAGGCCACGGACUUGCGGGAGGAUGCACAGAGGGCCAGUAUGACUUUCAAGGAGCAUUGUGGGCUCCCCCCAGUGGCCAAGCUGAAGCAGUGCAUCCAGAGCCUGGCCACGCGGCUUCAGACCCCAGAAGGCCCUCCGGGGGCCAGCAUGACCCUGAAGGAUGGCUACCCCCACUUGGAGGCCCUGGGCAGCAUCACUGACACCACGCGCAAACUACUGAGCCACUAUGAUAUGAUGAUCUCAGCCCAGAAGCAGCUGAUUGAGAAGGCAGACGCUGUGCAGGAGAGGAUUGCACAGGUUCAGAGAGAGGGAAUGGAGUUUCAUGAGGAGCUGCCUAGGCUGGGAGAGACGGAAGGGCUGAAGGGUCGCAAGCAGAGCAAAGCCCUGGAGAGUUUCACCUGGAACAUCACUGUACUCAAGGGUCAGUGUGAUCUCCUGCAUGGUGCCAAGGCAGACUCUCUGGAUGCUCUGAGACAGUUGGCCCUGGCCUGUGAAGCCUGUGGCUUGACCUCUACCACCUCCUGCGGUCCCUCUGACCUCCUCUACACCCCUCACGGCAGGAGGGGCAGCACUCAGGAGAGAAGGGGCAGCACCCAUGGCAAUGGAAGAAUCUGACACACCCAACCUACCAGAGAGAGGGAGAGGGAGACAGGGAUGGAGCGGAAGAGAUGGUGACACCCCCCAAAAUCCCAAACUACCAGAGAAAGGGAUGGAGGGGAUGGGGACAGAGAGAGAGUGGAAUGGUCUAGAAUAGAGGCCAGAGCCUAUCCCUUUAUCCAGAAUAAAGUAGCAAGACUACUGAAGAAUGGUUGCAGUAAUUGGCCAGCCUUACUUUGUGUUCAUCAGUCCUGAGGCUUUUUAACAAAACAGGAAUGUUCUUACGUUACGUAAAAAACACUUGUGCUUAUUUAACAAUGUGAACUUGGACUUAAUAUAACUUUCUCAAUUUCUUUCUGAUGGAAAAACAUGGACUAAAUGAAAACAUUUUCUCAAUGUUCCUUUAAGGGAAUUGUGAUUGUGAACACAAAACAUUGUUCUGCUGUGAGAAAGAGUGGUGGUGACUUUUAUGUUUAAGUUCUUUUCUCUAUGGACCCUGUACGCUGAACCUAAUGUUUGGAUUGAGCUCAACUCACCAUUUCUGAGCGCAAUGCUUUCAAGAACCUGUUUAAGUUCUCCUUCCUAACAUUUCAAGCCCAGAUAGUCAAUGACAUUUUCCCAGUAAUUCACAACCUCAACAACAAGCGCCUGUUAUACUCUGUUAGCCGGGGUUGUCUGCCCGCCUGAAGACUCUCCAGGUAGCCUAGUGGUUAGAGCGUUGGGCCAGUAACUGAAAGGUUGCUGUAUCGAAUCACCGAGCUGACAAGGU